AGUUCAGUGACCCGCCGCAGCUUCGUCGGUGUUUGCCUGGUGGUGGGGGCUCCCCUGACAUAUUGUGAGAUGCCAGGCUCGCGUUGCCGGUCCCCGAAAAACACAUCACUUUUGUAUCUCGUUUAAUAGUUCCUCCAACAAGAAAAGUCAAAAAAAAAAGGCAAAGUAAAAAAAACGAAUCAUCAACUAACGGGAACUAGUGAAUUGCAGUGGAAAGUAAAGAGAAAAGUAAACAAGUAGAAACAGAUCAAGAGAUUCAAUUGGAAGGUGAAGCCGAUGGAUUAAAAAAUUUUCAGUGACAAAUAGAAUCCGGAAGUUGAUUUGACAUUUCGAUAUUAUUAUUCCGUCCUCCCCUCAUCGGUCAGUGCACGAGGAAAUACGAAAAGUGAAAGAGGCAGUGCAAAAAAGAAAAAAACAGUGCGCGUGUCACUGGAAUUUUUUCCAUUCCCCUCAAUUUCUUUUUGUCACCUUUCACCAUUAUCAUCUCCGCUGUACAUUAUCAUCCUACUACUUCAUUCCACAGUGUUCAGCCUACAAAGGCCAAUUGGUGUGUGUUGGUAACAAGGGACUCUUCCUCCGUUUCUUCAUUACACAGUCGAGUGUGUUCGAUACGAGCUUUAAGUGUGUGUUACCCCCCAAAAGAACAGAAGAUCUCUCCUCUCAUUCGUGUCCUGUGUCCUGUUCACGAGGGGGUGGGAGGGGGAUUUAAUCGUGGUGAGAGGGAGGAGAGCGAGAAACGAAGAAUACCGCGAGUGUCUUAUUGCUCUUCGGGGCGAAGAGAAUAAGAAAAAAAAUUUUUUUUAAGUGAGGGAGAAAAAAAAAAGUGUUGGAGUGUGUGCGGGAGUUCGAAAGUACAUUUCAGCUCUGUUCUGUGGCCACGGAGAAUAUUUUUUCGGUUCACUCCGGCACAGUUGAACUCGAGAUGUAUAUUCAACGGGGUUCGGGUGAAAGCACUUGGACAUCGGGUCUCCAUGAAAAAAAUUUGUGAAAUAUUUAUCGUUCAUUGCAUGAGGAGAAUAACGUUGCUGCUGACUUGUGAGGGGAAACAUGUGUGAGCACGAGGGAAAUAGACGUGGGUGCUAAUAAUAAAUAAUAAUGAACGCAAUUUGUUGGGAUAAUUACGAUUAGUUGAUCGUGGGGAAUUGGAGUCAUGCGGUGGGAUAUUUUUCAUUUAUCGAUUGGUUACCCUGAGGAGAAAGUGAUUUUGUGAUUCAACGGGUGAUUGUGUCACCACGCGGUUCAACCCCCUGUCCCGUCGGCAGCCCUUCGAAUUAGUGACGUUUGUCGUUGAGAAUGAGUCGUCGGUGGGCGAAUGCGACGUUGCAUAGCGCAGUGUAAAUGGAGGGAAAUUAUACGGGAUUCAAUCGACCGAGUGGGAGUGCAGACAGCACGAGCCCAAAUCCCAAUGAUGGAAUAGGCAGAAGGCGGUAUGAUCAGCCGGACAGCACUCCGGGACAAUCGUCAAGGAGUCCAGUUAACUCUAUACGAGCCCAGAUAGAGAUAAUCCCGUGCAAGGUUUGCGGCGACAAAAGCAGUGGUGUACACUACGGUGUAAUCACCUGCGAGGGUUGCAAGGGUUUCUUCAGAAGAUCCCAGUCGUCAGUCGUCAACUACCAGUGUCCAAGGAACAAAAAUUGCGUGGUAGAUCGUGUCAACAGGAACCGGUGCCAGUACUGCCGGUUACAAAAGUGCCUACGUUUAGGCAUGUCCAGAGAUGCCGUUAAAUUCGGUCGCAUGUCGAAAAAGCAACGCGAGAAAGUGGAGGACGAAGUGAGAUUCCACAGGGCGCAAAUGAGAGCCCAAUCUGAGACAGCGCCAGACAGUAGUGUUUUUGAGCAUCAGACACCGAGUAGCUCGGAUCAGCAUCACUCCUACAACGGCGGCUACACGUACAGUGGAAGUGAGUACGCAUCGCCGGGUCCAGGAACGGGUGGCUCUGGAUACUACAAUCAUCAGGCAAUGACAAGUUACGAGUUGAGUGCGGACUACGUUGACAGUACAACGACAUAUGAUCCGCGACCGACUACAGCCCAGGUCGAUCCACUCACCCCCGACACACCGUCAAUAGGAGCUGCCGGGGUUCUACCUAACAUGGUCACCACAGGAAAAUCACUGACCGCAUCGACAACCGGAAGCGGUACGGGUGGUAGUUCAGGUGGUGGUACUAAUAAUACUAGUAACAAUAAUGGGGGUAGCAAUGGAAAUGGGAGCAAUGGUGGUGGUACAGCGAGCGGUGGUUCCCUGAGUGGUGGUGGAAUUGUCGCUGUCAAACAAGAGACCACGGUUGAGCUUGCCAGCCUUGGUCAUGGCUCUUACACGAUGGUUGACUCGACAACGUUCAUCAGUGGCCAACAGCAAAGGCCCGACAAUCCACCGGAGGACGACGAAGUCCCUAAUCUGCCCAGUAUGUCCCAUACGAGAUAUCCGGCAGAUCUCACUGGGAUGCUCGUCCAAACACUGGCGGCCGCCCACAAGAAGACCUUGCUGGUCAGUACGGAGGAAAUACAGGAGGCCUUUCGCACGCCUCAUGACUUCACAAAGUUGAUCUUUUAUAAAAAUAUGGCGCAUGAACAACUUUGGUACGACUGUGCACAGAAAUUGACGAAUGUCAUUCAGGCGAUCAUUGAAUUCGCCAAAAUGGUCCCCGGGUUUAUGAAACUCACGCAAGACGACCAAAUUGUUCUACUCAAGGCCGGUGCCUUUGAAAUGGCUGUGCUACGUAUGAGCAGGUACCUCGAUCUCCAACAGAACUGUGUUCUGUACGGUGACACGAUGCUGCCACAGGAUGCCUUCUACACAACCGAUACAGCUGAGAUGAAACUGGUAUCGUGUGUCUUUGAACUAGCGAGAAGUAUCGCUGAGUUGAAACUCACUGAGAGCGAGCUUGCCCUCUACAGUGCUGUUGUACUCCUUAAUCCAGAACGCACUGGACUCAAAGACGUACAAGACAUCACGAAACUGUCACAAGCUGUGAUCAUGGCCCUCAGAUACGAACUCGAUCGUAAUCAUGUGUUACCAAUAAAGGGUGAUGUGACUGUGUGCGAUGCACUUCUGGCUAAGAUACCACAGUUAAAAGAAGUAUCACUACUUCACAUGGACGCCCUCAUCAAGUUCAAGCGAUCACAGCCACCGCAUAUUAUUGACUUUCCACCCCUCCAUAAAGAGCUAUUCAGUGUCGACAGCUGAACGGCCGUCGAUGCACAGGGCGACCCAUCACUGGCUGACGACGUGGAACGCGAGUGAUACGUGGGCCUUGCUCUGUCAAGAUCAUUUCCUUCGUAUUGAACAUAUUGGGCCUUACAUAAACAUAACAUUGUUAUAUAUAAAGUAUACAUAAAGAAAAAACAACAUAAAGUAUAUAUGAAAGAAAAAAAAUUAUAGAAUUAUAUAUAAAAUAAGAUAUAUAUAUUAUAUAUAUAGAUGAGAUAUCGGUUGUUAUGAUACAUACACAAAGUAUAUUAUUGACUAAUAAUAAUUCGAAUCGCUCGCCAGGGCUGUUCAGAGGCUCUUUAAAUCCCCUAAACACGAUCUCGAUUCGUAGGAUCAGCAGGUGGCCCGACGUGCCUCUCACAACCGAUUGGUAAAUUGUCAUGAGGUGAAUAUGAACUAUCUUUUGUAGCUCACGACCCUAUGAUCAAGAUCCUCCCCCACUGGGAUGAUAAAUCCCUAUUACACAAAAAAUCUGAUUUUACCGUUAAAAUAAUUUGAAAAAAUUCAAUAUUGUCUCUGACUAGCCCUGUCCGACACCAGGAACACACACGUAGUUAGACUUAAUUGAGAUAAACAAAUUAACGUUUUGGUUAACGCACUUUAUUGACGCGCUUCUCAAAUAUGUAAAUAUUACUUCCCACUGUGGCCCAUUGUGACACUGAAGGACACUCGAUUCUUUAAACUGCAUAAAAUCCUCAGUCACACCCUUGGAUCUUAUAUGACCACCCCGAAUAAAAGGACUUUUUCGUUUGCUUGAGAAAAGAAAAUUGAAACCUAUAUUUUUUGUGAAUAUCAGUGACAAUGAAGGAAUUACCCCAAAAAUUAUGGAAAAUUAAUGGAAAUGAGGCAAACACGAAUCUUCCACUUGCAGACAACAUAAAUUUAGAAAUUUGUAUUUUCGAGGUGAAUCUGCUUUAAAAUUAACUAAUGAAACAGUUACAUCUAUUGAUUUGUAACCCCUAUUCUUAUCAGGAUAGAAAACUCAGUUGUAAAAUAGGGUGUGAUUCUGUGAAUAAAACGAUUACCUGAAUAACAAUCACUUGUGAAAUAAACCGAGACAUCGAGUUGCGUGUCAGUUCACCGAAGCAAAUUAAUAUAGAAAAAAAAACUUACAGCUAAUUUAUCCAAGAAUUAAUGAAAAACUGCAUAAUGUGAACACGCGCACGAUGGUCGCACUGUGCCCAAUUAAAGACUGGAAGUAAUGUUUGCACAUACGUACAAAAAAUGAUAAACAUGAAAAAAAAGUAAUAAUACAAGCGGCUAAGGAAACAAACGGUGAAGGAAUAGCGAUAUAUAGAUAGUUGGUUUAACGAUGUGAUGACGAAGAGAGGAAUAAAUAAAGAAUAAUUUAAAGAAGUAAAUGGGUGAAUAAAAUGGCCAACGCCACGGUGCGCCAACUGAUACGUUAAUGGUUGAAAAUAGUGAAGAAAAAAACACUGUGAGAAGUGAACAUUAUUCUACUGAAUUAACAAAUAAAGAUUAAAUUAGAAUUCAUUUAAUUGUAGAGAAUGAAAAAAAAAUGUGAAAAUAAUGUGGAUAACGUAAUUACACAUGCUCCCACAACUACACGUGACACGUAACACGAUAAAAAAACGAAUAACACAGACACAAACCAUGGGCGUAGUAGAAAUUCAAUAAACAAUGAGAUAAUUGUCGAUAACGCUCAGAGAAGAUGAACUCUAACAAAAAAAAUCAUACACUACAGUUUAAUUUAAUUCAUUAAUGAAACAAAUUACAGACAACCACCUUGCAAACUAGGAAGUUAUUAUCGCAAUUUGGAGUUAAAUUUUAUAAUAAUAUAUAAUAAACAAAAGUUGACGGAUAAUAUAAAGUUAUAUUUAAAUGAAGAAUAAUUUUAAAAAAUGAAAUGAAAAAUGGAAAAAAAAUCUUAAGGUAAAACGUAAAUAAGGGAGAGGAUUUCUUUGAUUGGGGAUCACGUAGGAUUUUUUAAAAUUAUCGACACGAUUUUAGCAUGUUUUUUAUAGCUAAGUGGUUAUUACGUCAUUUACUCCCUCACUCCUUCCUCUCAUUCAUUUCCCAAAUAGAAUAAAAGAUGGAUUUAGUCGAUGUUCACGUGAAUCUGUGUAAAACCUUUUGUCUCGCACAUAGAAUUUAAUGUAAAGUGCACAGUCAACUCAAUCAUUUUUUUCUAUUACAAAUUUUAUUAACAAAAGUAUUUUAUCAACACUAUUUCAUCGCAGACACAUUUUUUCUACCUUCUCAAGACUAUGAACAUUAACGUCUCGAAUUUAUCGUGAAGUUGUUUCCACUAGACUCCUCAAGUUUAUGGAUUAAUCAAUGAAAUUAGUUAAUUAAUUCAGUUGAUUAUUCACGUGAUCCUCAAUCAUGGAAUUUUCCAACCACGCAGGAUCCAUGCGCGCGCGCAUCGAAGUUGAUUUUAGAUAAUAAGACUUAUGGUAUUUCGUAGAAUAUAAAAAAGAAACAACAGCAACAACAAAAUAAAUAAAUUACACGUUAUAAAACGGUCUGUCGUACGUCCACUCGCAGUGGCACCCACGUUAAUUAUUUCAUAAUGUAUAAUUAUAAUUUUAUUAUUGAUUUAUUGAAUUUUUAGAGUUAUGUAUUGGUUCUUGGGGACGGGGGGCUGUUUAAGCUUGAAACUUAUGAAAAAUAUUGAAACACCAGCAAUAAUGUGUUCUAAUUUGCACUACAGUGCAGCUGUGAUGUGGUUUUCAACGGUCCGUUGGGGAUGAUGAACACGAGUUGAAUUUUUCCUUAAUAAUUGAGGGAAGCUUCACUUCGAAAAAAAAGUUUGUCCAUUUUUCGAGGACGAUUUUUCAAGUUUUUAACAAUUCUUAGAAGUACUUUUUCUCGCAUGGUUUUUCUCUGACUGUUGAAAAUAAUAGAUUUCCAUUCUUUUCUCAACGUACAAUUCUUUUUAACUCUUUAUGGAUAGGGUUAACAAUUUGUCCCCUUCAUAUAAUGUAAUGCACAUUGAUGAAUGUUAUUCGCUAAAAUUUCGCAGUUUUUAAAAUAUUUUUCAAGCUGUCAAUUAGAGCAUUAAAUUUGAAGCUACAGAGUUAAAGAAGUGCAGCAACACGUGAAAUCAACGUCCAGGGGAGAAAUCACGCGAAAAAAAAGUGCUUAAAAAAUUCAAUUCUUUUUUUUGAGGUGAGCCUUCUCUCGAAUAAAACAAACGUUGACAAAACGUAUUUAUGUAUAGAUGAAUUACUGAAACGAGUACCUGUUGCGAUUGUUGUAGAGUCGGUGAAAAAAAAGAGGUUAUAGAAAUCGAUGAGAACGCGUAACAAUAUGGAUAACGAUAGGACGAUGGGUAAAAGGGAAAUGGAAAAAUUGAAUUAUGUAAAUAUGUUAUUGAUUUGUUGGAUCGUGGUGGGCCUCUGUGGAUGCGAGGUACGGCACAUCCGGUAUUAUUUCGACGAUAAAGAAACAAACAUCACCCUAGAAUUUAUUCCCCCCGACUCCCUCCUGUCCUUGCAUUAUACAUUAGGGAAGACUUUGAUAGAGAUUUCAGAAAUUCGGAGUUACAAUAAUGAGAAUGAAUAUGUUGAAAUAGGUGAAUCACAAAUAAUUAUUUCAGCGUAGCAACUAUUAAUUUAAUUCAUUUCGAGCAUUACAUUAAGGUGAUAUAUUAUGUACACAUAGUUUUUAUCGUUAGGGAACAGUCUGAGUGUGCUUAGGGCGAUUGUAAUAGUGUGAUGAGAUUUUUAAAAAAUCGAGAGAAUGAUGAAAUAUUAAAACGUGUGUGAUUUUUCCUCCUUACCUUGGCCGAGUGGGUGUGAGUAGUGAAAUAUCUCCAAUGGGAUUUUUUUUUCUGGUGGACGUGCAUAAGCGGAAGACGUGGGUGAGCAUGGAGAUGGGGAUAAUCAUGACAGUAAUCUGGAUUGAAGUGGAAUUUUUUGAGCUGUUUGUUAAUUAUGGGAUUACCCCAGGAAUUCGUGGUUUCAAGGAAAAAUAUGAGUUUUUUUAUUGCUGAUGAAGUUUUUAUUGAUCUGCAAGAGCCGUUUUAUGACGUGUCGUAGAAGAAUUGAGCUAGGAGAUAAUUAAGUAGUUGGUCAGACGACACCUUCUAAGUUGGAUAAUAUUUUUUUAUUGACGAGCAGAUUCCUAAUCAUGAGGGGUUUCAGGGGAAAAUACCAGUGGUACUUUUCAUACUGAGGAAAUUGUUCACAUUGACGUGAUUAUAAGAAUUAAGAUGAGAUGGUUAUUAAUUUGAUGACUGUUUUCAGGAGAAAAUAUCUGGAGAGUUCUGUGAAGCUGAGGGAAUUCCUGUAGGGUACGGAUGUCACAGGAAAAUGUCAAAUAACAUUUUUAAAAAUCUAUUUCAUGAGUUGUCGUAGAAAUUUUAGAAGCGCAGGAAAAUGAUUUUUCUAAUGAUAGUGACCUUAGGAAAAAUUAAACAAUUUCUCUUGUCGGUGGGAUAAUUUCUUUAAAUUAGGCGAUUUGAGGACACAAUUGAAUAGAUAGCUGACUAGGAAUUAAUCAGACCGAUCCAGUUUAAUUUGAAAAUGAGGUUUUUUCAUGCAAUUAGACCUGCACUGAGUAAUUGCAGGUAAAAACUUUCUAGAAAAAACUCAAUGACAAUUUUUCUUGAAAGCAUUCAUUGUAGUAAUGAAUAUUUUUAAUGAAAUUGCUCCCAUAAUAAUGGAAAAAUAUUGGAGCUGAGAAAAUAUUCUCUAAAGAAUUUUAUAAAGUUUGUUAUUGAAGUUUUUUAUAGUCAUUGACCCUCCUGCCAAACGAUCGAGUUCCACCACUUCAAUAAAGAAAGCUGCCAUGAAGUUUUUCCGAGGAAGAUGCUCUUUAGGAUUGAGAACGAGCAUGAGAUGCGCGUCAAAACAAAACAUUAAAACAAACGGAUACAGAAUUUAUAUAAUUUUGUGAUGAAUGAAGGAAGAGUGCGUGCGAAAGCAAGGCCUUUUGUACUAAAUUCUAAAUUUCGAUUUACAUUUUUCUCAAAAAAUUGUGGGUAAAAAAUACUAAAAAUGACGCGACGAGGUACAUCUACAUUUAAAAAAACAUCAGCGGGGAAAUAAUCAUCGACAUCUCUAAGAUGAUUCAGAAGAAGUGAGAGAGGCAUUCAAUUAUUCAUACAGUGAAGUAAAGGUUGACAAGAACUUAAUUUUUAUUUGAAAAAUGGUUUUCGGAUUAAUACUGAAUUCAUGAAUUUCCAGAUUUCUGUUCCAUUUCAGGAAGAAAUUGAAUUUACAUUUAAGUUCUUAUAGAUUUUGCUCCAAAAAAUCUUCACAAUUUAAGUGGACUUAUCAUGCAAUCAGAACUUUCAAGAAAUUUACCAGAAUUAUUAGCAGGCAAUUUUCAACAACACUGGGAAACAAGUCCCUGCAUAAUUCAGUCUGACUUGAUCCACGUCGUUUUUUCAAGUUUCUCUCAAGCAUAUUCAAUCCAAUUCAUUACUCUUUUAACAAAGAAGAUGGCCUGUCUCGCUGACUCUUGAGUCCCUAUCCACAACAAAUAAAUUGAAACAGUUACACAAAGCCUUUUCCCCUCGUCUUGACUGUCUCCUCAUUACUUGUGUAAUGAGAAACAAAACAUUAAUGAUAACGCGUCCGGCUUUCAUUGUGUGCCCCUUCCACCAUUGUGAAGUCGCUAGACGUUUCAUUCGCUCGAACACAUCACCUGAGGUCAAAUAAACCUCGUCAUGACAGGAAAACAAAAUCUACGAACGAGUGACGAAGACAAUGAAACGCAAACUUCCAACUAAAACCGAGACCUUCUUGUUAAAAAUCCAAUUAUGAAUUUAUUGGUGAAAUUGAAAAAAAAUCCGCAACAGGAAACUGGCCAAACACUCUCUAUUUAUUCCUUCGUCAGACGUUUCAAUUCUCGAAUAAAAUUAGGAACAGGUGGAACGUAUCACCGACUCAUUAAAUUUUUCCCGGCCUUCGUAGCCACUUCUCGGACUGAUAACAUAAAUUUAGAAAUAAAUUUUAAAAAAUGAGAAAAGUAAUAACGUUACGAUUAAUUCAAAGCUGAAGAGUGGAUGACAAAAACGUAAAAGUGACGAUAAUUCGUCGUAAAUCGUUUCCGAAUGCGCCAAGUUUUUACUGUACUGUCGUCAAAUGAGAAAAAUAUUUUUACGUUGUUUGUUAAUACACAUAAUAUACAAAUAUAUUCACAUGCCUAUCUUUCAUUGGAGUCAGAAGACGAAACAAAAGAGAAGAAUAUAAUUUCAUUUUUCUGUGCACGUGCGAUUCAUUAUUGGAUAAAUGAAGACAAAAACUAGCUGAAAUAACGAUCAAGUUGAUAAAAAUAAUCUAACGAUGUUAUACAGGAUGAAUUUACCAUUAAGAGCAUGAAAAAUAUCUCUCUACCGCCCGCGAAAACGACAACUCACUCAUUCAUUCGCUUGUGACGAGCUUUGGAAUACUGAAAUCAUUUUUUUAUGAAUAAACAACAAUUGACUCUCGUUCGAUUUAAUUUUUUGUUAUCCCACGCGUGCGCUUGUUCUCCCGCCCGCGCGAUUAAGCAAUGAAAUAAAAUAAGUACGAAAACAAAAUCAAUCAUGAAUAGUUGUUUCAUGUAACAUUUAAUGUGAAGCCCAAUCCUAUUCUUACAGGGCGUUAACAAGAGCUUUAUGGCACAAUCCAGACGUUUCGCUGAGUGACGCGUUGAGAACUUCGAUUCAAUUGAUGUAAUCCUUAGUGAUUGGCUUGUAUAUUAUUAUAGUAGUCGUGUAGAUGAUUAUUAAAAUUCAGAAUGUGGUCGAAGGGAUUAUUGGGAAGUUCGCAGUCUUUCCUGUCAAAUUUACUGACAUAAUUUCAAGAACUGGUAGUUAACAUCAUGUUUUGGGUUUCGUAAGAAUAUCUGGCGUAUUUGUUUCUGGGAUAGGAUUUUCGGAAAUUGUUACAUGAUUAUUGAGAAAGAUAGCAGCGGACAGGGGCACCAUCAUAAUUAAUGAUGAUGAUUAAUGGAUAUUGUAAUACCUUUUUUAAAUCAAUGAAAAACCCCAGGGUUCAUGAUCUAAGAGCAAGUCAGACCCUUUGAUCUCAAUAACAAGUGAUCCAGCGGAAUAUUUUUCAUUAAAAAUAUCACUUGCAAGGAAAGUUCAUUCAUUAAACAAUUCUGGGAUAAUUCUGUCAUUAUGGAGUUAUUUCGGUAAUGGAGAAUCCCAAAAGAACCUAUCGGAAGGAGUUCUUGUAGCAAAAGUUGGUGAAUUCCUCAAAUACUUCCAAAACAUUUCGCUAAAGUUACUAAAACCUGAAAAGCGGGGCCUCCUCUUCUUAAUUUUCCUAAUCGACCACAUUCUCCCUUCAUUGUUGAUACAAGAACUGAUGCUACUUCGUGAGACUGCCGUGGGAGCCUUAUAUUGAAAUGAAAAAAAUAAAUAAAAAAUAAAUAAAAAAAAAAACAUGCACACAGACACAUAACAAGGAAACGUCGCAUGGAGUGAGCUGUGAAAAAAAUUUCUGAGCGUCAGUGAAUCACUGGAAUCGGGUACAUUGAACUUGUGAUAUUAAAAGGAGAGUGCUGGAAUGAUGAAGAUGCGAGAAUGCGAGAAGUAGAUGAAUGCACGUAAGUUUAUGACGAAAGAAUGAUUUAAAAAAUGGUAUAUGAGCGUAAAAAAAGUGAUGAAUAACUACGACUUCUUGUCUGCAAAACUCUUCAGCAGCCUGAACCGAUAAUUUCAGUUGAUAAUUUCCCUACCUGUGACUCAUUAAUUAAUCAAAUCGAAUGAUAAUUCAAUGACUAAACAAUCAUCGACUUCGAAGUCACGCGCGGCAUUAUUGAUUCAUUAAUUUUCAUUUACCUAAUAUACACAAAUACAGUUUAUCAAUUACGAGGCACGAGUAAAAAUUGUUUUUGUUAUUAAAAUUAUUUGAAAUAAAUAUACAGAAUAUGAAUAGUGAUGAGGUGAGAUAAUAAAACGAGCGAAUCGUUGAUCGACGUUUUUACUAUCUGUUGUACAUACAAUAGGCCCAAGGUGCAGCUAAUUACGUAGCAAUUUAAUGAGAAUGAAAAAAAAAGCAUUAAUGACAUUUACACUGUAAGUACCUUAGGAACAUGUGGAAUAGACAGAUGUGAGGAAAGAACUGGCGUGGCGAGAGAGUGAUGGGUAGAUUUACUAACACAUGAAGGAUAAAUCCAAUUGAGAUAUGAAAUCAUUACUACAUAUGUAAACGUCGACUACUUGAAUGAUUAAACAGAGUUUUUUGAAAAAUCCAUCAUGGUUUCCAUUGUAUUAGUCCCAUGCAGUGUUUAUAAUUUUUGGUUUUUGGCCGGGCACCAUCACUUCCACCAACUUUUCAUCAAUAGAUUAAGUAUUUCAGCCUAAAGAAUUAAUUAUCAUCUAUAUGUCGUUGUAACAAAAUUCGAAAUAUUAUUGUUUUAUAAAAAAAUGUAAAUUCACUUGUCUCGUUUCGAAGAGGGAACGUAUAGAAAUUUUCAUAAUGAGAGACGAUUUUUUAGGCGCCUUCUCCAACCCGCCAGAAACGAUGGUGGCGUUUCUCACCGUCGGGGUCAGAACUAACAUUGACAUGGAGGCGUCACCGUCGAUUCUGGUGGCUGGGUGAGGAACUUGAUUUUAUUCGAGGAUUGGGAGGUCCCCAAAACAUUAAGUGGGAAGUAACAGCCACCACCAUCGUACGGCAGAGAGCAUCACUACUUCUGGAAUUCCAACGCCAGAUGGCGACGGACGUGACGUUGUACAAAUUUCCAGUAUCAACUGCAGAAAUUGAACUCACGAGAAAUGGUUCUUUCGUUCUCUAGCUGAGAAAGGUUAUCUCAAUUGAGUCGAUUGAUUUGUCAAUUUCUGGAGGAGAAACAGCACCAAGAUGCCACCGAAAAAAGCACCCGCACCGAGCAAGAAGACGGAGAUGAAGAAGAAGGAAAAGGUUAUCGAGG